AUGGGUAAGAGUCUUGAUGAUUUCAAUCUUCCAAUGGUUGAUUCAAAUUCAAAUUUUCAAUCUGGAGAAUUUCGUGAGGUACAAGAGGAAUUCUCUAUAGUUGUGGAAGAUGAUCACUUACGUGCUCGAGACUCUCUAAAUUCCGACCAGAAAUACGCAUAUGAUGAGAUCAUGAGGCAUGUAGACGAGGAUUGUCCCGGAGUGUUCUUUAUAGUUGGUCCGGGUGGAAUCGGGAAGACUUUUUUGUACAAAUCUUUGCUUGCCAACAUCCGUUCAUGUGGUCUUAUUGCUCUCACAACCGCUUCGUCGGGUGUUGCUGCCAAUAAUAUGCCUGGACGGAGAACAGCUCACUCUAGAUUCAAAAUUCUUUUCAACCUUGAUAAUAACUCAAUGUGCAACAUAAGAAAACAAAGUGGGGCUACAAAAUUGAUUCGAGAUGCAAAAAUAAUCAUAUGGGACGAAGCGUCGAUGGCAAAAAGGCAAGCACUGGAGGCGCUCGAUCGAACAAUGCGAGACAUCAUAGGGGUGGCACUCCCAUUCGGCAGAAAGAUAAUGGUUUUGGGGGGUGAUGUUAGACAAGUAUUACCGGUCGUGAGGCGUGGAACCCAAGCACAAAUUGUAGAUUCUAGCUUACGGAUGUCACCUCUUUGGGCAACGAUUAAAAAGAUACGAGUCGGUGAUGGAGAUGAAGAAGCGGUGGACAAAAGCUUUAUUCGCAUACCGGAUGACAUGACCAUUCCCUAUACUGAUAAAGGUAAGUCAAAAGAUGCGCUGAUUGACGCAAUCUUUCCAUCUCUGCAAAUCAACGAAGCUGAUUCAUAUUAUAUCAUUUCGAGGGCGAUAUUGUCAACUAAAAAAGAGAAUGUCGACGAGAUUAAUGAUCAGUUGAUCGACAAGUUUUCUGGAGAUGAAAAAAUAUACUAUAGCUUCGACGAAGCAGAAGAUGAUAAGAACAACAUCUAUCUAAUGGAGUUCUUAAAUUCUUUAACUGUUAGUGGUUUGCCUCCUCAUUACUGUUACGAAAUAUCGAUCCCUCCAAUGGAUUGUGUAAUGGCAUUAGAUUGA